AUGGAUUACGGUGACUAUAAUAACACAUAUCCUGAUGAUAAUUACACAUUUCCUGACAUUAUUGAGUCUGUGACUCCUGAGAUUAAGCCGAUCCAGAUAGUGGCUCUGGUCAUGUACAGCCUUGUGGCCCUCCUGGGUGUGCCUGGAAAUGCUCUGGUGGUGUGGGUGACGGGGUUCUGCAUGUCCCGCUCUGUCACCUCCCUCUGGUUCCUCAACCUCGCUCUGGCUGAUCUUCUGUGCUGCCUCUCUAUCCCCUUGCUUAUGGUCCCUCUGGUGCACGACGACCACUGGCACUUUGGUCCGCUGGCCUGCAUGCUCAUCAGAGGCCUGUUUUACCUGGUGAUGUACUGCAGCAUCCUGCAGCUGGUUGUGAUCAGCGUGGAUCGUUUGUUGCUGGUCAUCAGACCCAUCUGGUGUCAGAACCACAGGCGACUCAAACAGGGUGCUUAUGGAUGUGUUGCUGUGUGGGUCCUGGCCCUGAUAGGCAGUAUCCCACAGUUUGUGUACGCCAAGCAGAUUGAGGCGGGUGACGAGAAGAGAGAGUGUAGGAUGGAGUACACCUGGCCUGUCUCUGCUUUUCGCUUCCUGAUUGGAUUCAUUAUUCCUUUCCUGGUUAUUCUAGUUUGUCACUUGGUGGUCUUCAGCAAGACACAGAGGAGAAUGACACGUAGUCAGACUGGAUCCAAGAAAACACUGAGGGUCGUCAUCUCUGUGGUGCUGAGCUUCUUCUUGUGUUGGCUACCACUGCACAUUGUGGAUUUCCUCAUGCUGACCACCCCUCGGGUUUCCUCUGCGAGCCCCAAACUUCACCUGGCACAUGUUAUAGCGCUCUGCCUGGCUUACUUCAACAGCUGCCUCAACCCUCUGCUCUAUGUGUGUCUGGGUCAAAGCUUCAAAGACCGCAUGAACCUCUCCCUGCGUAACAUCUUCCACUUUAUCGGCGAGGAUCCGACUACCAAGAAGAGUGUCACUAAUGUGGACACCAAGAGCACCAGCAAUGGCAACGAGAUGACAAAAAUAUGAAUGUGGACUGACUGUAAUACUUUUGCAAUAGAAUAAUCGUUUCGCAAAAGAAUAAGUAAUUUCUGCUGACCUUGGCUUGGAUAUGAGCCCUUAUAUUUGACAGUAAAAUAAAUCACUUGGUGUGUGUAAGUAAAAAAGGUCUGUGGAUGCAAAUACUCUGCCUUUACUUUUUGAGUCAAUAAGAUUUUUUUUUUCUGGUCAAGUUGGGUGGUAAGUAAAUUUGUUUCCAAGAAUGUUUUAAGGUUUAAACUGCAGGAGUAUUUCAAAUAAUUACAAAACAAUGCAGUAACGUCCAGUUGUGUAAGUGUUCUUUUCAUAAACCACAAGAGGGCGAAACACUCUUCUGAUGCUCAGUUGCUUAACUCUUUCCCCUUUCAAAGCCUACUUGGGUUCCCUCUUGAGGAUCUUUUAUAUUUCAGGCCUGUUACCCUUGGAAAGAUAUUCUGAUGGUUGUAUGUUGUGACUAUGAGACUGGAGUAGAGGCAAGACUGAAAUGGUCUGGACAUGUGCAGAGGAGGGACAGUGGAUAUACUGGACAAAGGAUGUGGAAUGUGGAGUGCCUGGCAGGAAGAGAAGCAGAUUCAUGGAUAUCAUAAAGGAGAACAAGAGGGCUUGUGUGACAGAAGCGGAUGCUUGGAAUAUGGUGAGAUGGUGGUAGACCUCUGCUCCGGUGACCUCUAAAGCAAGCAGCUGAAAAAAGUUGUGGAAAAGACCUAAACAGUGUUGUCAAAUGAUCAGACAAAGAGUUCGCAGACUGUGCUAGAAAAACUGUUCUGGGGACCUGUCAGGCAUUUAGCAAUAUGUGAAGUUAAUAUAUACACACAGUUUUUUUUUCUUCCUGGUAUAACUUAAUACACUUCCAGGUUAAAUUUACU